CAAUGAUAUUCAAGUAACAGACUCAGAAAAAGUCUGCGUCAUCAUAGUAGCUGCACAGCUGCCACGUUUUAGCAAAAGGAGAUUUAAGGAGGAUGAUAACAGGGGAAAGCCUACUAGCAUCGGCAGGAAUCAACAUAGGAGUAGCUCUUAUACUCGUGACUCUUUUCUCAAUCUUUAAACGACACCGUUCCAACGCUGAUAUCUAUUAUGCUCGACGUAUCUCCCUCCAGGAAGAAGAUAAUCUUUACGUUAAUAUCCCCGUUCUCGAUCGGCGUCAAUAUUAUUUCCGGCAGUUUGUUCCUUCGUUGCAAUGGAUGAGAGACGCUCUUAAAGUCACGGAUGAUGAUAUUCUUCAGGAUUGUGGCCUUGAUCCUCUGGUUCUCAUCCGUCUCUUCAAAUUCGGGAUCAACUUAUUUGUUGUCUGCUCAGUUAUUGGUUUAUGUGUACUUCUCCCUCUCAAUUACUGCAGCAAUGAGAGGUCAUCUGAUGAUCCGCAAUCAAUGGAUCACUUCACUAUUUCGAAUAUUAGUGGAGGCUCAAACAGGCUUUGGGUGCACUAUUCAUGCCUAUGUUUUAUCACUUUAUAUGGAGUAUAUCUGAUGCACAAGGAAUACAAGCAUAUCACGGUCAAAAGGGUUCAGCAGCUACGUCUUCUACGACAUCAACCAAGUCAGUUUACAGUUCUAGUUAGAAAUAUUCCUUUCUGCGAUGAACACAAGGCUCAUGGAUGCUGUGUAGAUCACUUCUUUUCCAAGUAUCACCCUCAUACCUAUCGAUCUUGUCAAAUUUUAUAUGAAGGGAAGGAUCUUGAAGAUCUGUUGAAUCAGGCCAAAAAAUUAUCAGACAAGAUUGAAACUUUGAGGUUAAGAGCAUUGACUAAGAAACAUGUCAGUGGAUCUUCCCUGUCUCAAGCUUUUAAUGACGACACGAAAAUCGAACGGCUUGAGGAAAAACUUCAAGAGCUCCAUCAUAAGAUACGACAAACUCGAGGGAAAAAGAUGCUUGAAGAAAAGGAUAUGCCUGUUGCUUUUAUAACAUUUAGUUCGCGGCGUGGUGCUACCUUAGUUGCCCAGUCUCAGCAGCACUCAAAUCCACUCUUCUGGACCACUGAAAUGGCUCCAGAACCCAGGGAUGUUCUAUGGAGGAGUUUGGCGAUACCAUAUAAACGUUUACCACUGUAUAAAAUUACAGUCUUGGUGGCUGCAUCGCUGCUUACAAUUUUUUUCGCCAUUCCAGUGACAGCAGUUCAAGGAAUAGCGAAAUUUGAAAAACUUAAAAAAUGGUUUCCUCCUGCCAUGGCUGUGCAGUUGAUACCAGGAUUACGAUCUACAAUAACAGGCUAUCUUCCAAGUGUGAUCCUUACUGGUUGUAUAUACGUAGUUCCUUUUGCAAUGAUUGGAAUGGCUAAACUAGCAGGAUAUGUAUCAAGAAGUAGAAAGGAUAUAAAGGCUUGCAACAUGGUCUUCUACUUUUUAGUUGGAAAUGUGUUCUUCUUAAGUCUGUUAUCAGGUUCAUUACUUGAUCAAAUCGGGAAGUCUUUUAGCCAGCCCAAAGAUUUUCCUAGUCAUCUUGCAAGCGCGGUUUCUGCUCAGGCAGACUUCUUUAUGACAUAUAUCUUGACGAGUGGGUUGACAGGAUUUUCUUUGGAGAUUCUUCAGCCGGGGUUACUUGUCUUGAACUGUAUUAAACUGCAUACAUGGGGACGUGGGAAAAAUAAAAAUCCUUAUCUUUAUUCUCUGCCUUACUACCGAAUCAUCCCAUUCAUCUGUCUGUUUAUACUCAUCGGCAUGGUGUAUGCAGUCGUAGCACCAUUGCUGCUCCCUUUCCUAAUUGGCUACUUUGCUCUUGGAUAUGUUGUGUUUAUUCACCAGAUCCAGGAAGUGUAUAAAACUACAUACGAGACGUGUGGUCAAUAUUGGCCCUACAUCCAUCACUAUAUCGUUAUUGCACUUGUUAUCAUGCAAAUUACUAUGAUAGGUCUGUUUGGGAUGAAGGCAAAGCCAUCAGCAUCCUUUGCAACAAUACCCCUCCUAAUAGUUACUUUGCUUUUCAACGAGUACUGCAAGAUGCGUUUCCUUCCUACAUUUGACAAUUACUCUGUCCAGGAUGCGGCCAAAAAUGAUGAACUUGAUGAACAGAAUGGCCUGAUGGAGAGUAACUAUCAAAAAGCACUGGAUGCCUAUUGCCCUCCCUGUUUGCGGCCGGCAAGUGUUAACGAAGAAUCAAGUUUGGCGGAGCCAUUGAUUUUGUGACAUCGCCUUUUUUCUUCUUUUUUUUCUUGGUAAUGAUCGCAGCAUUUGGUCAUUAUGUUUUGCUCUAAUUCUUUCAUAGCUGGAGCUUUCAUAAGCUUGUUUAGUCACUAGAUUCAUACAUUAAUCUGAUAGAGUAGUGGACAUGAUUGUAUUAUUGGAGACCCGGAACUGAAAUACAUGUAUCAUUGUACAUGUAGCUUACUUGA